AUGCGACCCAAAAUCCUCAUGAUCCACGGCGGCGGCACCACGCCCGAUAUCUUCCGCAUCCAAGCCCGCAAGCUCGAUGCCGCUCUCUCCCAGUUCUUCGACCUCCACUACGUCACAGCUCCCAUCGAGUGCCCGGCCGGCCCCGGCGUCCUGCCCUUCUUCGCCGGCAUGGACCCCUUCCUGAAGUGGAUGCACGACCAGCCGCCCGAUCUCGAGGACCUCGACACGUUCCCAGCUCUUGACGAUAUGCUCCAGGUAUUCCACACCGAAGGUCCUUUCGACGGCAUCGUCGCCUUUUCGCAGGGCGCCAAAGCGGCGCUCCAUCUUCUGCGACAUCUUGAGCGGGAGAGGGGAGGAGAUAGAGCGGUUGACUUUGUCAUCACGGUGUGUCCGACCUGUCCGUUUCAAGGGAUUAAGGACCCCAAGGAUCGAAGGAGUCCGUAUGCGAAGGCAUGUUUGGAACUGGGCAAGGUGCAGGCGGAGAGCAUCCACGUGUUGGCGAGCGGCGAUCCGUAUAACUACGAGAGCGAGUCGAUGAUCGAGUUCUUCGAGCUGUCGGCAAGGAAGGUGUUUAGGAUCGAGGGCGGACAUCAUAUGCCGAUGGAUGAUGGGUUCAAUAGGAAGCUGGCGGCGAUGGCGGCGAGAAUCUAUAAUGGGAUAUGA